AUGCUCAGAGCGUGCAGGGGACCAGUAGUCAGCGGCGGCCUUUUGUGUCUCUCUCCUCCCGGAGCUCCCGGAGGAUGCUCGGAGCAGUCUCGUGAACAGACCCAGACACUGCGGAGGUGUGAGGCCGGGGAUGAGGGGCCGCGGUCCGGGCUCAGCUGCAUCACUGCCCCCGGGGAGAGCUCCAGGGGCCUGAGCCGCAGCACACGCCCCCAGAGCAGGACAGGAGCCGGUAGGACUGUGUGGGGUCCGUGGGGGGUCCGUGGGGGGGAGGGGGCCCUGGAGCUCUCCCCGGGGGCAGUGAUGCAGCUGAGUGCCCGGACCGCGGCCCCUCAUCCCCGGCCUCACACCUCCGCAGUGUCUGGGUCUGUUCACGAGACUGCUCCGAGCAUCCUCCGGGAGCUCCGGGAGGAGAGAGACACAAAAGGCCGCCGCUGA